AUGUACGGCUAUAACGUGAGCACCCCGGAAAUGCUGGUCUACAAAAAAGGUUAUUUUCCAGAUUAUCAGCCCAGAGAAAUCAUGGGCGACGGCGACGGAACAGUCAAUGUCCGUUCGCUCAAAGCAUGCAACUUGUUGAAGACGAAGCAAAGCCAGCCUGUGUAUACGUUUGAAAUUCUGAAAGGGGAGCACAUGCAGAUUCUGAACCAUCCUCAGAUGCUGAAAUACGUCCAAGAGCUGCUGGUUCCAAGUAGAAAAACAUUUUAG